CAGUGUCACAGCCCUAAACAUGUACAGUACAUGUUAUCCGGACGAAUUAUGAGUUCAUAUUUGCAGAUUUCCUAAAGAGAAGCAAUUGAGAAGGCAGUGGGAAGUGACUGUCAAGAGGAAAGCCUUCUCCACCACCAAGUUGUCGGUCCUGUGCAGUGAACAUUUCAAACCUGAAGACAUUGACACAACAAGUCAGACCGCCAGAAUUAGGGAGGGUUGCCAAACCAUCUGUCUUCAGCUUCCACUCUUCUCUCCAAAAACCUAUUUUUACCAGGACAACACAUAUCGCCAAAAAUGCUCAAGAGCCAGUGGCUAAACCACAACCACUAUCACCCCUUCCUAAUGUGCCAACCUGGGGUCCCCUGAUGAGGCAGGACGCACUCGCUCCAAACACCCCCGUGGACUCCUUUUCCACAGCUUGGAGUUGGCUUCCAUGAAAUAAUGCCAUGGUUGCAGGACUGCACGCUUCUUCUGUUGCUGCAACACUUUGUUUUUGGCCAUGGAGACUUGGACCUUUCUGUCUUUUCAGGACAAGGCGGUGCCCCCCAAUCAGGGUCCAUCGUCCAUCCAGUGAAAACCAACGCUGACGGAGAGUUCCUCUCCCAUUCUCUGUCUCACCACUUCCAGCAUGGACGAGUCAAGCGAGAUCUCAGCUUAUUGGCAUGCGUUUACUACAAGCUCAACUAUACUGGUGGCUCUUUGACCCUCAAUUUGACGGAAAACCAUCAGCUGCUUUCCGACGACUACAUCCUGGAGAGUCGCAAUGGCAGCGCCAGCCAGACAGAGAGCCGGCGGACGCCAUCGGGGACGUCCUGUCACCUUCUUGGCACUGUGGAGGUGUCAGAUGUGAAAGGAACUGCUGCUAUCAGCACAUGUAAUGGACUGAGAGGCUUCUUCUCCCUCCCUGAGGGACACUUUUUCAUCGAGCCACUCCCAAAAUCUGCAAGCAAUCCCGCAGGUUCCCCAGAGCCGCACAUCAUCUCGCAGAGAGUUACCACGGUAACGCACAGGGAAAAACGCAGCGCCAAAGGAAAACAGACACCAAGUCCGUGUGGAGUAUCAGAUGCCGACUCAGUGCAGCAAGAAAGAGAGCGGGAGGAGUGGGAGAUGGAUCAGGGUUCAACCCGGUCCCGGCCCCGGCGCUCAGUCAGCAGAGAGCGCUGGGUGGAGACCAUGGUGGUUGCCGAUUCCAAGCUCAUCGAAUACCACGGAAGCGAUAAUGUGGAGUCCUACAUUUUCACCAUCAUGAAUAUGGUGGCCGGCAUCUUCCAUGAUGCCAGCAUUGGGAACGCUAUCCAUGUCCUCCUGGUUCGUCUGAUUCUACUACAGGGGGAAGAGAAAGACCUAAAGAUUGUCCACCAUGCAGACACCACUCUGUCUAGCUUCUGUGCCUGGCAGAAGAAUUUAAAUCCACAGAGUGACACGCACCCCGCCCAUCAUGACCUGGCUGUGUUGGUUACUAGGAAGGACAUCUGCGCUGGAAUGAACCAACCCUGCGAGACCUUGGGCCUGUCUCAUCUUUCUGGCAUGUGUCAACCGCACCGAAGUUGCAACAUUAAUGAGGAUUCAGGUUUACCGGUGGCAUUCACAAUCGCCCACGAGAUGGGUCAUAGCUUUGGAAUCCAUCACGAUGGCCAAGGGAACGACUGCGAGGUUGGAGGGAGGCACCCCUUCAUCAUGUCCAGACAGCUGAUGUACGACAGUUCGCCUCUCACUUGGUCGUCCUGCUCCAAAGACUACAUCACACGCUUCCUUGAUCGCGGUUGGGGUUUCUGUCUGGAUGAUCGGCCUUCCAAAAGAGAUCUGACCACCCCUUUGGCACGCCUCGGUGUUCGUUACACCCCGCACCACCAGUGCCAGCUCCAGUACGGGCCCAACGCCACAUUCUGCCAUGAGGUGGAUAACAUUUGCCAGAUUCUUUGGUGCUCUGUGAAUGGCUCUUGUCGCUCCAAACUGGACUCGCCUAUUGACGGGACUCGCUGUGGACCAGAGAAGUGGUGUAUCUCAGGCGAGUGUGUAAUUGUGGGCAAACUUCCCGAGACGGUCAAUGGAGGCUGGGGACAAUGGACAACAUGGUCUCAUUGCUCCAGGACUUGUGGAACAGGGGUUCAGUCAGCAGAGAGAGAGUGUAAUGACCCCAAGCCAGAGUUCGGGGGGAAGUACUGCACCGGGGAGAGGAAGCGCUAUCGGACAUGUAACACAAGACCCUGCCAGAAGGACAGUCCAACUUUUAGAGAGAUGCUAUGCAGCGAGUUUGAUUCUGUGCCCUACCAUAACGAGCUCUACAAGUGGAUUCCUGUGGCUAACCCCAUGAACCCCUGCGAGCUUCACUGCAGGCCCGACACAGAGUACUUUUCAGAGAAAAUGCUCGACACUGUGACUGAUGGAACCCCGUGCUUCAUGAACAACAACUCCAGAAACAUCUGCGUCAACGGAGUGUGCAAGGAGGUGGGCUGUGAUUAUGGUAUCGACUCAAACGCAGUGGAGGAUCGUUGUGGCGUGUGCUUGGGUGAUGGCACUAGUUGCAAGACAGUCUACAAGUCAUUUGAGAAGGGAGAAGGCUUUGGCUACGUGGAUGUGGGGGUGAUACCUGAGGGGGCCCGGGACAUCCUGGUGAAGGAAACUGAAGAGGCAGGUAAUUUCCUGGCUCUGAGGAGACAAGGAUCAGAAGACUACUUCCUCAACGGCAACUAUAUCAUCCAAUGGAAUGGGGAGUACCAAGCCGGUGGGACCACCUUCUAUUAUGAACGUGAUGGGAACAUGGAGAACCUUACUGCACCUGGACCCACCAAAGAGCCGGUCAUACUCCAGCUGUUGUUUCAGGAAAAGAACCCUGGCCUUAAGUAUGAGUACACUAUUAAGAAAAGCAAAGAGACAGGAAAUGAGGUCAUCAAAUCCGUGUACAAGUGGAAACAUGGCGCAUGGACUGACUGCAGCACCACCUGUGGAUUAGGUGAACAACACCAGCCUGCACGGUGCUUUGAGAUUGAUGUGGGCGUUGUGGAUGAAUCUCUCUGUGACCCAGAGAUGCGUCCAGAAGACAGACAUAGGAAGUGCAAGAACAUGGAUUGCCCUGCCAGAUGGUGGGUCGGAGGCUGGCAACAGUGCACUGCCGCCUGUGGAUCGGAAGGCUUGAGAACGCGCACGGUGCUCUGUGUCCGCACGGUGUUGAGUGAGGAAAGGGUGCUCCAUCCUGUGGAGUGCAAGCAUCUCCUGAAACCCAAACCUGUUGUACCGUGUAACAGGGAUGUACCAUGCGGACAGGACUGGGUUGUUGGAGUUUGGGAAGAAUGUCCAGUGACAUGUGGGGGAGGUGUUCGCUCUCGUACAGUGACAUGUGCAUUAGCACCCCAAAAAACCUGCGACCUCGUUACCAAACCACGCACCCGAUCACUUUGCGCUCUGCAUAGCUGCCCCAGUUCGAGUCUUCAGCGUCGACCUGGGCCUCCUCCUAAAUACCGUCGUGUUUACCCUCCAAAGAGAAACACAACUCAGACUUCCUCUACACCCAGGACUCCCACAAGUACCUCAGCCACAGCUACAACUACCACUACAUAUUCAACCGCUAAAAUCCCUCCCCUGAAUCAUGAAGAUCCUUGUGAAUUAAAAACAGAAACAGAAGAGGGAAUGGACACCGAAGAUGGAAGCACACCCAACGUGGUAAUGAGCGUUCCUGGUUAUGACUACAUCACAGAAGACAGGGCACGAGAAGAGGAGGGGAUCAUUGACCUGGACGUCAGUACUACUUGGUUGAAAAGUCCUCUUAAAUCAACCACAUCAGUGCCGCAAGUAAUCAUCACACCCAGUUUACAAACAAGUGGCUCUGGCUUGCACACAACCAUAGAAGCCACCACAUCCUCCUUUACCACACAUGCUACUGCCAAGAUCAGUCAUCACAGCACUCUUCGCAUCACUCCAUACACCCACAGGAUGCAUGGCAUUCCUCUAACUACUCCCAUGUUGAAGUCACAUUUGGUUCCACCCAAAAGCGGCCUCCACACAACACAAGCUCCCUCAACGAACCUUAGCACUGCAUCAUGGCCCCAGACCACAAUAAAGGUUAUUAAAACGAAAAAGCCUGCUUUGACAACCAAGAAAAAUGUCUCGGCAAAAAAAACCUCCAUCCGGUCCAAAGGUAACCAUUCCAAGAGCCAGAAUAAAUCGGCUCCCCAUCCCGCUCCGGACAAAAAUGAGGCAGUCAACAUGGAUGUGUUCUGGCUUGUAGGAAACUGGAGUGAGCAGUGCUCAACCACAUGUGGAAUUGGAGCAAUAUGGAGGACUGUAACAUGCAGUUCCCAGAAGGAUGAAGACUGUGUCAGUAUCAAGAAACCUGAACCUGCUCGCACCUGUCAUCUUCAGCCAUGUGCCACCUGGCAAAGUGGCAGCUGGAGCAAGUGUCCAGAAAUAUGUGCUGUGGUGGGAAAGAGGUAUCGGGAUAUCCAGUGUGUGGAUACCCAGAAUCAUCGUCCUCUACGUCCCUUCCAUUGUCAGGCAGUGUCCAGCAAACCCGUCAGCACUUUGACCUGCCCUCAAAAGGCUUGCUCGAACUGGAGUGUGUCACCCUGGGGCCCGUGCUCCGGGAGCUGCGGUGAGGGAAUGCGUGAGCGGCUAGUGUACUGUCCGGUGCCUCACGGCUGUAGUUCCACACCGAGGCCAAAUAGCACAGAGUCAUGUGAGCUAAAACCUUGCACCAACUGGAGUACAGAAGAGUGGGAGCAGUGCUCCGCAAGCUGCGGAGGAGGUCAGCAGCAGCGUGAUGUCACCUGCGUCAAUACGGAGGAUUCCGGUGUCAUGCCAGACAGCCUUUGCGAGAACAUCUCCAAACCGGAAAUGCUCAGGAAGUGCAGUACGCAGGAAUGCCAAACCACUACAGGUCCAGUGUGCAGGAAAAAUACAAUGUCCUCUCGCUUCUGCGACAAGCUGAAACUGUUGGGUCGCUGCUCUCUCAGGUCGGUUCAAAGACAGUGUUGUAGCACCUGCAGAUCGUAGAUGCUGGUAAACCCUCUCUCGAUGUGCUUCCUGUACUUCAUGACUACACCUGAAACUGGUCAGCAACAAGGAACAUGAAACAUUUGACAACUGGAACCUAUAAAGUCCAACGCCGUCGGUUUUGGAACGCUGGUCGACCUCCAAUUUAAGCGGAUUUAAGUCUUCCCAUAAUGAAGAAUAGAGAAUAAAAAAUAUAUACGUAUUCAGCUAAAGCUAAUGUCUUUUCAGACCUUGGCUAACCUUUGGCAUAAAAUAGACAGCUGGGCCAACAUGAUUUUGGUGAAAUUUGAUCCAACAUGGACAGAUGUUUGGUGUCAAUCAUAACUAUUUCAGCACUUAGCACCUAAUAGCUGGAAUUUGUCAUCUUCUUCUUCCAUCAUGCCAAGUACUAUCAGUUCCCCGCUAGUGCAACGCAUUUAAGGAGGAUGACAAUGAGCUGCUUAGCUUGAGGUUCUUCUGCCAUGCUUCGAUUUGCCAGUCUUAUGCCUAGUUGUUAUGGGGUGCUGUUUGUAAAGCAGGACAUGCUGAAAAUUACGACAAAAUUUUCUCACAUUUAGCGCCACACAGUGUUAAAAACGUGGUAUGACAUUUUUACAGUCCCUUUUUUUUGCACACUUGCAACAUUGUAUUGGACUUGAAUGUGUAAAUCCAGAACUAAAUAUUUAUUUAAAUCGUAAAUGUAAAUGUUAAAUGUAUUCCCGAAAUGUAAAUGUAAAUACAGUAUAUAUUUAGCGUAAUAUGCAAAUUAGGCUAUAUAUAUAUAUAUUAUAUAU